AGCGCGCAUUGACCGCAACGCAUAUCUGGGGUUCCUGGCAAGGGGGAGCAUUCCAGCAAACUGACGAGUACAUUCGGCGGUCGGUACAAUGGCGUCUGCAGCGCUCAGCUCGGAUGAAGGGGAAAUCGUAGAGGCAACUCCCCUGCCUCGCUCUGAACAAAACGGUGAUGUUGACCGGGCCGGCAGACAUCGAGGCAGAUUCCCAUCGCGGACUCCUGACACCGACUUGCCAUCGAGGGACUCAGUCGACGGGCCUCGCCGACGCAGCCGCUCGCCCCGCGGGUGGAAGAGGCCCCGUGACGACCCCCGCGACCGACGGGACACGCGCCAGUUCCGUGUCCACUACGAGAGCACCCCUCGAGAUGAUCGCCGCCACUACCGCGAUCUAGACCGCCCUUCCUCGCGCGGUUCGGACCGCUACGACGACCGUUCGAAUGGCCACUACGGCAGCCGAGACUCAGCCGCCGCGCGGCCCAGGAAUUACCGUGCUGACGGCGGCUAUGACCGCAGCUACGACCGUGACCGCAGAAACGAUGGCUACCCCGACAAGCGGGCUCGGACCCAUAGCCGGUCGCCCCGGGGCAGAGGCGACAGAGGAAGGCGAGACGGCGGUCGCUACGGGGCAGACUUGAGACCCGGCGAAGACAUGUAUAGUGCCCAAGCUGAGAGACGCCCACAGGAUGGCUCCAUAUCCAAGCGGGCUACUCCGGUGGAGACGCAUGGUACUUCUGAGCGAGAUGCUGAAACUAAUAAAGGUGCAACGGUGGACCGAGGGCUCAGGAAUCUUAGCAUUUCGCAGACCAGAGCACCUGCCCAGGAUCCCGAGCCUGACAUGGACUGGGAUCCAGAUACGGCCAUGGACGAAGAGGUUGCUGUUCAAGCCGAGAUUGAGCGUCGUCGGCGUGCAAGAGAAGCAGCUCUCAUUCGAAGCAUUGGCGCAGCAAACCCCGCGGUUCAAGCCGCCCAGGCUGGCGAUAGGCCCGCAUCCACGCCGGCUUCUACUCGUCCCAGCACGCCGGGAACCCAGAGAGUAGAGGGUGCGACUCCAUUGUCCAAUGGCCCUUCGUCCCCUGGCUUGUCGCCUGGCAGAGUCCAAGAAGCCCUCUCUCCUGGAGUGUUCAAUUUUUCUGAUGACCAGGCACUUAUCAAUGAUCACCGCGAGACGAAAGCCCUUGACGAGGACGGGCCCUCCGCAGCUGACUAUGACCCCAUCGCCGACAUGAAAGAAGAUGAACGUCGCGAUGAGAUGCGUCACGGAAACGUAGGUCUGCAUGGCGAGCCACGCCGCGCUUCCGUGGUCGAGCCGGUGGUGUCCACCGUCCCAGUGACGGAGUCCGAGGGUGCCAAGAAAGGCGAAGACGAAGACGGAGACGACUUCGACAUGUUCGCCGAAGACUUCGCCGACAAGUUCGCCGGCCCUGCCAUCAGCAAACCGGACGCCACCCAAGAAGCCCGGGCACCGCAGCCUGGCGGAGGCGGUGGCAUCUUGGAGGGAGACGACAAGGAGGGUUACUACAAGAUCAGGCCUGGAGAGUUGUUGGACGGACGCUACCAGGUCUCGACAACCUUGGGCCGCGGUAUGUUCUCGGGUGUGGCCCGGGCCAUUGACGUUGCAACCAAGAGACCUGUGGCCAUCAAAAUCAUGCGUAACAACGACGCGCUGCGCAAAGGAGGCUUCACCGAGAUUGCCAUUUUGGAAAAGCUCAAUGCAGCUGACCCCGACGACAAGAAACACAUUGUCAGGUUCGAGCGGUCAUUCGAGUAUAAGGGGCAUCUUUGCAUGGCCUUUGAGAACCUCAGCAUGAACCUCCGCGAGGUCCUCAAGAAGUUCGGCAACAAUGUGGGCAUCAACCUGAAUGCGACUCGAGCGUAUGCAUACCAGAUUUUCCUGGCGUUGGGCCACAUGCGCAAGUGCAGCAUCAUACACGCGGAUUUGAAGCCCGACAAUAUCCUGGUGAAUGAAGCCCGAAACCUGCUCAAGAUCUGUGAUCUGGGCACGGCAAUCGAUCGGUCUGAUGCCGCCACGGCUGCGACUGAGCCCAUGCCGUACCUCGUCAGCAGAUUCUACCGCGCGCCGGAGAUUAUCCUGGGCGUCCCGUUCGACUAUGCCGUCGACAUGUGGUCGAUCGGCUGCACGCUGUACGAGCUGUACACCGGCAAGAUUCUGUUCACGGGCGAGAACAACAACCAGAUGCUGAAAAACAUCAUGGAGAUUCGGGGCAAAUUGAGCGCCAAGCUGUACCGGCGCGGCGAGCUUGCCCACAACCAUUUCGACGAGCUAGGCAACUUCAUCAGCGUGGAGAGAGACAAAGUUACUGGCAAGACAACCGUCCGGACGCUGGCCACAGUCAAGCCGACGCGAGAUUUGCGGACCCGUCUUCUCGCCGCGUCGGCCGGCAUGAGCGAUGCUGAGAGCAGAGAGCUCAACCACUUUGUUGACUUGCUCGAGCGGUGCCUGAUGCUUAACCCGGAUAAACGGCUCACGCCUGCCGAGGCGCUGCGGCAUCCCUUUUUUACUCAUCGGGUGAAUUUUGGGCAUGGGCAUGGACAUGGGCGAUAGUUCGGGGGGGACUUGUUGCGGUUCUGAGUCCACUAUCCGUACGGAAUACUAUUUGGUAGAAGCAAAGUUGUCUUGAGGCGGGCAAUAAGUGAUGUGGGUUUUGCCUCGGUAGAUGUGGUUUGCGGUAGUGCGGGCUGCGAGGCGCAUGAGGAUUACUUGGGGCAUGACGGAUUUGGGUUUUCGCGUGUUGCCCGGCCCGCUUUUGGGAUGGA